GGAGGGGAUAAGGGUAGCAUUUGGAAAAGAACCAUACAGUUGUUGGGAAAGACUAUUAAAUGCCUAGGCUUUCAACCUUUCCACAUGUAUAUUUUAUUUUUCAAACAUCGAUGAUGUAUUUGAGUACUCAGGAAUGCUCAACUUUUUACAAACGAUAUUGGACACUUUAACAAGUUGAAGACGGUGACGCGUACCUGUUAGCCUAGAUUAAUGCACAGUGAUGACUUAUUUAUAACUGAAUGAUAUUCGAUAGGUAGCAGACAUCGUUUAUGAUCGACAUCCAAUCGAUAGUGAGUGUUUUAUUCUUCAAUAGGACUAAUUACGGUUUCGGUUUGUUAAUAUUGGAAGCGUCGUGCCGCUUCGGAGACAGCUCACUUGGCUAAAGUCAAUCGUCUUGACGAAACGUGCCUUCACUUGUUGCCACUAUAAAAACAGCCCUUCAUCGCUGUUCUCUCUCAACUGUUCACACAAGAAGCUGCUAGGCUACCUGACUGUCUCAAUAUGUUCUAGAACAGUCUUCAAGGAUGUUCAAGAUGAGACGAUGGUCUUUACUUGUCGUGAUUGCUCUUUGUGCUUCUCCGUUUCUAUUGGCUGGUCCUUCCAGCUCUUCAGGUCCAGUCUCAGAGACCCAGAGCCGCUGUGCUGGCCGGGCCUGUAACCCUCCCAUGGGGAACCUCGCCUUGGGCCGAGGACUACUCACCCAGUCUGUGUGUGGAGCCAACUCCACUGAGCCCUACUGCUCCUACCAGCAGAUGUUUAGUUCUACCCCUUCCUUCCACAGAGACACUUCCUGUCCAGCAGCACCCAAAUGCAGCAAGUGCAACGCAGCUCUCCCCCACCAGGCUCACCUGGCCUCUGCCAUGAGCGAUUCCUCAUUCCGAUACCCAGAUACCUGGUGGCAGUCUGCCGAGGGGUCGCAGACAGAAACCCUCCAACUAAACCUGGAGACAGAGUUCUACUUGACACAUCUGAUCCUGGUGUUCCGCUCCCCCCGGCCCGCCGCUAUGUUGCUGGAGCGUUCUCAGGACCACGGGAGGACCUGGAAGACCCUCAGGUACUUUGCGAGGGACUGUGAGGACACCUUCGGCCUGGCAGAGGAGGCUCGUGUGAAGGAGAAAGGAGGGAGCGGGGCGGCCUGCACCUCCAAAUACUCAGGCGCGUUCCCAUGUACCCGAGGAGAGGUGAUCUAUCGCGCCCUGUCCCCCUGGCACUCACUGGACCCCUACGGCCCAGCAGCCCAGACUCAGUUGAUGGUCACCAACCUGCGGGUGCGUCUGCUGCAGCGCCAGCCUUGCCCCUGCCAGGCUAAAGACCCAGAUACCCAGACACUGCCCACAAACCAUUAUGCCAUCUAUGACUUCAUCGUCAAGGGCAGCUGCCUCUGCAACGGGCACGCCGAGCACUGUGUGCCAGCCAAUGGGUACCGCCCCGCCAGGCAGAGGAUCAAUCACGUGGUCCAUGGGAAAUGUGUGUGUAAACACAACACUGCCGGCGACCACUGUGAGCACUGUGUCCCCCUCUACAAUGACCAACCCUGGCAAGCUGCCAACGGCAUCAUAGGAGCUCCUCAUGAAUGCAAGAAGUGCAAGUGUAACGGCCAUGCAGAUAGCUGUCACUUUGACCGUGGUGUGUGGCUGGCAUCGGGACGGCGUAGUGGGAGUGUGUGUGACGUCUGCCGCCACAACACAGAGGGCAGACACUGCCAGAGCUGCCGUAGAGGGUUCUACAGACACCCCAGCAGACCUAGCUCUGCCGCUGACUCCUGCACACCAUGCGCCUGCCACCCUGCAGGGUCUAGACCUGCGAUCUCAGGUGGCCAGGACCUCUGUAACCCUAGCAACAGGGCAUGCACCUGCAGAUCGGGCGUGGGCGGUCCUCUCUGUGACAGAUGCAUUGUAGGGUUCUGGGGCUUCCAUGGUUACGGGUGCAGACCGUGUGACUGUACAGGGGGGGACUGUGACCCCUACACUGGGGACUGCUUGUCUGGCUCAGAUCUGGACGUGUACCAUACAGGAGGUGACAGCCACAUACACAGAGGACCUAGCAGUAGUGAGCUAGCAACACUGUUUAGGGUGGAGGAGCUGUUCUCUGCACUGCACCACUCUGAGAAAUGUCAGUGUAAGGUGAUGACUAUAGGCAGCCCCAAACUCUUCUGUGCCAACGAGUAUGACUAUGUGCUGAUGGUGAGGAUCAUGGCGGCCCGUGAUCAGGGCUCCCAUGCUGAGGUGGAGGUCAAGGUAAAGAAGGUCCUGUACCACGGCAGCCAGGUGAACAUCAAGAAAGGUCACAUCACCCUCUACCCAGAAUCCUGGACCACCCGAGGGUGCACCUGCCCCCUCCUUAACCCAGGAUCAGAGUAUCUGGUGGGGGGCCACGAGGACCGGAGGACGGGUCGUCUGCUGGUGAACACCAAGAGCCUGGUCAAACCCUGGAGGCCCAGCCUGGGACGCAAGCUCCUGCACCUCCUCAACAAACACUGUAGCUCUUCCUCCUCCUCUUCCUCUUCAAGGAAGACUGCAGCAGAGAGACUGCAGAAUGCAAACGUCUUUAGUCUGCAGAAGAAAGACUAGAGCCAUGGAACAAGAUGAAGAGAAGGAUAUAGAGAGGGGUGGAGAGUUAAAAGUUAUCCAUGUUUUGGUGGAUUGCAUGAGAAGGACGAUGAGUCGACUAUAAAGACGUGUGAGAGUGUAUUUUUGGACGAAUGUGGGCUGGACAUGGGGAUACAGCCACAGCUCGGGUAAUAUGGGGAAAGCAGAACUCUUUUGCCAUUCAGGGCCUCAUUUGCCUGUUUCAUCCACAGACCCACGGAACACAUUUCUGAAACGAUGACCUCCACGGCAGGACCAUGAUGGAUGGUGUUCUGUGCUGAAUGGCGCUGUGUGACUCAGUUGGAAAUAGCAUGGCGCUGGCAAAACUGAGGUUGUGGGUUCAAUUCCUGCAGGGAUCAUAAACAAAAACAUAUGCAAAAAAAUGUAUGCUCUCACUGUAUUGCAAGUCACUUUGGUUAAACGCGUGAAUCUGCUUAGUGGUAUAUAUUGGAUUAUAUAAUAUGAUGACAGGCAGCUGCACAGAGACAGAGUACAGACUGUCAUCUCCUUUUUUACAGGAAGAGGAAAAUAACUUUCCAAAGGGAAGACCAGAAGUCCUGAGUGAAGGUUUACUGUAUGAGGGAGAUUGAUUGAUUGAUCUGACUUCUCAUUCGGACCUUGGAUUGUUCCAGUCCCAAAGACAUAAGCGCUACUGGGCUGGUGUUUAAAUCCACUUUAGAUUUGUCUCAGACUAUAGUUGAAACGAAGCCAAAUAUAUAGAACCAAAAGGAUUUUAUUAAUGAAUGUUUUAUCAUACUAUCUAUCAAAUGACCGAGAUCUCUAUGUUCUAUGAUUAACCUUCUGAUCUAGCCAAGGUUUCAUUUUGGAGUCCUGAUGUUUGUAUCCUCAGUUGUUCCUGGAGUUAUUGGCAGUAAACCUGCAGAAGCAUCAUUGUGUGUGUGUGUGUGUGUGUGUGUGUGUGUGUGUGCGCACAAACUUGCUGCCCUUGGCUCGAAGGGACUGAGCAGGCCUUAACAGGUAGUAUCUCCUGGAGCGGAAGAAGAGUAGAGAGAGAACAGAAAAGAGAAUGUCUGUCCGUCUGUCUAGACCCCUCUGGUACUAAAGCACGGAAGACGCUCUCAGUUAGAAUUGAACUGACUUCACGUCUUCCCUCACUCUCAGUCUGAUUUCAAUGAUGUUGUCUACUUACUCACAUGGGUUGGUGUCCUCACUUCUAUUGCACUCAGGGAUGUAGUGGUAAAGAAAACUAAAUUAGGGACGCAACCUGAACACCUUAAACAGACGGGUUACCCCAUAUAAGGGGUAAAUAGGACUCUAUUUAUUGGUGUGAUCUAAUCACAUGGUUCACUGCAGCACAAGGAAUUAAUCCUACAGAUCAUGUGGCAAAGUCAGGAGAUGUCCAUGUACUCAGAUUUAGAAUGGUGAACUUACUUUUAUUUAUACGGGCAAGUCAGUUAAGAACAAAUUCUUAUUUACAAUGACAGCCUACCCCAGACAACACUGUGCCAAUUGUGCACCACCUUAUGGUACUCCCAAUCACAGCCAGAUGUGAUUCAGCCUGGAUUUGAACCAGGGACUGUAGUGACACCUCUUGCACUGAGAUGCAGUGCUUUAGACCGCUGCACCACUCAUGAGCAUGAGUUUAUCCUUCACUGUGUAAACACGAGUUUAUCCUUCACUGUGUAAACACGAGUUUAUCCUUUACUGUGUAAACACGAGUUUAUCCUUUACUGUGUAAACACGAGUUUAUCCUUCACUGUAAACACGAGUUUAUCCUUCACUGUGUAAACACGAGUUUAUCCUUCACUGUAAACACGAGUUUAUCCUUUACUGUGUAAACACGAGUUUAUCCUUUACUGUGUAAACACGAGUUUAUCCUUCACUAUGUAAACACGAGUUUAUCCUUCACUGUGUAAACUCGAGUUUAUCCUUCACUGUGUAAACACGAGUUUAUCCUUCACUGUGUAAACACGAGUUUAUCCUUCACUGUGUAAACACGAGUUUAUCCUUUACUGUGUAAACAUGAGUUUAUCCUUCACUGUAAACACGAGUUUAUCCUUCACUGUGUAAACACGAGUUUAUCCUUCACUGUAAACACGAGUUUAUCCUUUACUGUGUAAACACGAGUUUAUCCUUCACUGUGUAAACACGAGUUUAUCCUUCACUGUGUAAACACGAGUUUAUCCUUCACUGUGUAAACACGAGUUUAUCCUUCACUGUGUAAACACGAGUUUAUCCUUCACUGUAAACACGAGUUUAUCCUUCACUGUGUAAACACGAGUUUAUCCUUCACUGUGUAAACACGAGUUUAUCCUUCACUGUAAACACGAGUUUAUCCUUCACUGUGUAAACACGAGUUUAUCCUUCACUGUGUAAACACGAGUUUAUCCUUCACUGUGUAAACACGAGUUUAUCCUUCACUGUAAACACGAGUUUAUCCUUCACUGUAAACACGAGUUUAUCCUUCACUGUGUAAACACGAGUUUAUCCUUCACUGUAAACACGAGUUUAUCCUUCACUGUAAACACGAGUUUAUCCUUUACUGUGAAAACACGAGUUUAUCCUUCACUGUGUAAACACAGGUUUAUCCUUCACUGUGUAAACACGAGUUUAUCCUUCACUGUAAACACGAGUUUAUCCUUUACUGUGAAAACACGAGUUUAUCCUUCACUGUAAACACGAGUUUAUCCUUCACUGUGUAAACACGAGUUUAUCCUUCACUGCAGCGCCGAUUCCACUCUGCAUCAGGUUGUUGUUGUUAGGGAAGACAGAAAAUAACCCCCUAUGUGUUUCUCUCAUUAGUAAACGACCCAACCAUCCAUGAAUCCCAAAAUAAACAUGGCGCUACUUAGCUAAGAAAGGAAGGGAUGAAUUGACGUCAGUCUGUCUGAUCUGGAUCUGGAGCGGCUCAGUACAUAUUUGACCCAGACCUAGCUUGCUUCUCAAAUGGCACCCUAUUCCCUACAUAGUGCACUACUUUUAACCAGAGCCCUGGUUAAGAAUAGGUCUGUGUUGCUGUCUCUAAGGCUGCGUUUACACAAGCAGACCAAUUCUAAUAUUGUUUUUCAGAUUUGCUCUGAAAACGGUCAGCAUAGUGGGCUGCCUGUGUCAACGCUGCCUAAGGAUUAGCUCGGUCAGUAGCUGCUGGCCUGGCUGAAGAGACACCAUGCAUUCCGGCACUGUGACAUCAUCCCAAUGCUUCGCCCUUGUCCCAAAGACUUUAUUAAAGGAGUUUGCAAGUGGUGAAUGAAGCCGAGGUAUGAAUAUCAUUAAUGAAAGGGGACAUAUCAUCACAAUCAUAUCACCUGCAUGUCCUACGUAGCUACAUACUGUAACUGUAAGUAUUAGUUGUUAUAAAAAAAAUAGAUAUUUUUUUAUUUAACUAGGCAGGUCAUUUAAGAACAUAUUCUUAUUUUACAAUGACGGCCUAAGAACAGUGGGUUAACUGCCUUGUUCAGUGGCAGAACAACAGAUUUUUACCUUGUCAGCUCAGGGAUUCUGAUCUAGAAACCUUUCGGUUACUGGCCCAACGCUCUAAUCACUAGGCUACCUGAUUAGUUUAAGUCUUACAUUUUCAUUAGAUUUACAUAAAUGAGCUACAAUUUGCAUUUGAUGGCGAAUGCACAGAUAUCAUGUGGAAUCAACGAACUCCACCUUUUAAAGGGACAUCUGUAUUUCUGUCUAUAUGUGAUACCUGACAUGCAUGUAUGCAUUACGUUUAAUAAAUAA